ACGUCACACCACCUCGCUCAGCACAGUCUGCUCCGGAGCUAGUGCCCAGCCGCGGCCGGCCAGUAGCGGCUUCGGGGAGUCCCCGGUCCCGAAUCUCGGGAAAUAUAAUGUAAUGCCCAGUUUCCAAAACGAAAUUCAUAUUAUCUGGAGAUAACGAACGUUGCAAAGACGCGAACUUAACGAUGGUUUCAUCGUAAUGUUUAUUUUGAAAUACGGAAUCUAUGAUAAGUCGACCUACACGUACGAAUUUGAUUUGAGAUCAGUUUUGUCGCACCACCUUACGUUUUCACAACACAGUCUUCGACAAUUCGGCCGCUCCGCUAAACUGAACAUGGAACGGCGUUUCGGAAACUGUGCAACUGUAGCUUGAACUUACUCACAAGUCAUAGUUUGUACUGAAGUUUUUGGGUUUGUGAAUUUUCAUAUUUUCUAAUCUUAAAAUAGUGUUUUGUUGAAUAGGUUAGACCAAUGGAAAGUAGUGUCUAUGGCUUGUUUGGUGCUUGAUACCUGUGUUGAUACUCUACAGAUAUCACUCGCUAUCGGUUAUCGCCGCCAGUAAUGUGGAAAUCGUGCAAAUCUCUAUGAUAUCUUAUCAGCUGGGAUGCUACGCGGAGGGCCGCGGUCCGGCCUCGCACUCGCCGCCGCAACGUGAGCGGCGCUGUACUCACGUGGCGCAGCUCGUCGAGGCGGUCCCUGCUCCUCAUGGCGCGGUCCGCCCGCACACUGCACGCUGCACGCUGCACGCUGCUCACUGCUCACUGCGCGGCGCUGCACGGUCGGUGCGCGCGCGGCGGUGUCUAAUCUCGAAUGAUAACGCUCGUGAUAUCACGCGCGCAUUAAGGUCAAGCCUCCACCUUCACGCCGCGCGCCGCACCGCACCGCAGCGCGCGGAGGUGUGCGCGUGUCGUAUGACGCGGCACGUGGGUCGCGCCAGGUCAUUGGAAGCGGUCUCCCGGGGCCCCGAUUUUAGAAUCGUAUUAGUCUAAUGAUUAUAUUGUUAAUUAAUCGAGCUCACCUUACCCGACGUGGUGUGGUAGGAGACAUUUUAAUUUUAUAGCUUAGUGGUUGUUUGGCGCAGAAUCUCGC